AUGGCCGUCAGGUCAAGAGCUGUGAACGCUGCCCACACGGCGGGGAUCUUUGCCGACAUGUCUCUGGAUGGUCCAGAAAUUGGCACCCUGGUCGCCGUCAUCGAUAGGGCAAAGAAUCUUCCAAAUAGGAAAACAAUGGGCAAACAAGAUCCUUAUUGUGCCAUGCGACUGGGAAAAGAGGCCAAGAAGACCGAGACAGACAAACGAGGUGGACAAACUCCGAAAUGGGACCAAGAACUCCGAUUCAACGUCCACGAUUCCCCAGAUUACUACAAGUUGAAAUGCUCGAUCUUCAACGAUGAUAAGAAAACCGAUCUUAUUGGUGAAGCAUGGAUCGACCUCCACGAGGUGAUUGUGCCCGGUGGCGGACAAAACGACCUCUGGCAUCAGUUGAAUUUCAAGGGCAAAUAUGCGGGAGAUAUUCGGAUUGAAUUAACAUACUAUGACACCAGACCGAAGCCUGAGGCUUCUCCUGAGAGAAAGAGGCAAAGAGAAAAGGCACAUUCGGCGGCCAACCAGGCGCUGAGCACAUCCCCAGGUUCUCGACAACUCGGCCCUCGAGAAAUCAAAAGACGACCUCUUCCGCCUGGCCCUGGUGAACAGUCAUCUCCCGCCUCCGGUCCCCAUACCCCCGACCUGUGGCCUUGGGAUCCUUCACCUGAUAUGUGGACCAGCCAUGGAUACUCAAGCACCAACCCUCCACCACAACCUCCCAAACAACGGAUACCCGAAACGCCAGAUGAUUUUGGUUAUGAUUUACAGCCUCAAUACCCUCCAGACGACCCAUAUGAGCAACCACCUCCAUCGCAUAUACCUCACAACCAAAGGCACCUUCCUCUCGACUAUCAUAACAAUUAUGAACAAGGAUUUUCGCCACACGAGGACCCUGGUAACUAUGGAAUGGACACGUAUGAACCCAGAGCCCUUCCCGGACAGCCGCCGCAUUCCUACCACUCAGGAGGCUCACCCGGCUUCGAGCUUGAUCAGUCACCGACUCCAUACUCACCGCACAACAUAUCUAAUCCGUCUCCGUACAAUUCUUCUCCCAUUAGAACGCCUCCACUAUCUGCUCCGCCGAUGCCAGCCCAAAAUCAGUCGUGGCAAAACAGGUCAAGUACAUCACCGACCAAACAUCCUGUGUACCGAGACAGCCCGCUCCGGCAAUCCAUCAGUCAAGUCGAUAUGCCUCAACUGAGCGACGGCUAUGCGGACGCACGCUUUGACGAAGAUCAACCACCACCUCCUCCAGUUCAUCGAGGACCAGUUUCUAGGACCCCAAUGGCGCCAGUAUCUCACCAAAGUCCUCGAGAACACCCGUCUCCAAGAACACCGGCGAAACAUUCAUCCGUUGAGGAAAGAAGCCCUCUUCAACGACUUGAGCGGGGAUUUGACCCUCAUAUGGAUUCUUCACCCUAUUCCCGAGACUUCCAACGUCAGCUCCCCCGGGCCAAGCCUCAUGACGUGAGUCCGCAAGACGAUUACGAUCGAUUUGGAAUGUCAUCUAGCGAUAGACGCGAAUCGUACCAUGACAACAAGAUGCAGCUUCGACCUACAUCUCCUGCAAACAAUGUACCGAUGCUUGAUCAGGUUCGGGAUCGUCCCAUGGUUCAGCCUGGAUAUAGCGAGAAUACCCAACAAACCUUCGGCCAAUCAACAGGAUAUGGUCCGCCCCGGAAGGCACGAGCUUUCGAGAAUUCCGACGAAAGGCAAAUUCGAAGGAGUGAGCCGGUCGUGGUCAGGCCACGUGCCAUUAGUCCGAAUCCUGCUCAUACUAUUCCACGCAAGUCAAUUACCCCGACGUCCGCAAUGCCGGAAGGCAGGCGUAUGAGCGAUAUGCCUUUUGGGCCCGAUUCGUACGAUGUAUUGAAUCCCGGCACCAGCCCUCCUGUGCAAGAUGAUUCGUACGCCGCGACCGACGAAGGCAAAGAAGCAUCUCGACAGAAGGAGGUUGACAAAUUGAGGGAUCAAGGGCCGAUCAUUGGUAAUGAUGGUCGAAUCAUUGAUCCGUCCGACCAUCUUCCUGCCGACACAUGGGCUCCUGAACCCGAGAGAAAAAAUCGGAAACCAGAGCACGUCAUCAAGAUUCGCACCAAGGAGGAGGCGCGAAUGCAGAAUCGGACGGGGUCAUCACCUGCCUCUACAAGACCUCAUUCAAUUGCGACUUCGUCGUACCAAGGUUCCCCUAAUGGCGCUCUUCCGUCUCCGUACCAGGCUUCUUCAUCCCCUCCUGCGAUUCCAACAUCUCCUCCGACAGGGUCAAGAGGCGGCGGACGGAAUAGGUUGAAGAAGCCCAUGCCAAAUCGUCCGCUACCGACCCAACCAUACCCCCAUCCCCAUACCAGCCCCGCAGUCAUGGCUCCAGCUUCAGUCGAGGAUCAUCCCCGUCCUUCAAGCCAACGGUGCUCGACGCAUUCUUCGCCUGCAGGAGGAUUGCCCCAACGGCCUCCACUGUCUGAAUACCAAGUACCUGCCACGAGCAACUAUAACCCACGGGGUGGACCAAACAGACCAGAGUACCCUGUAACUCCGACCAAGGUACCGUUGCACAGAUCCAAUAACUCGAUGGAAUAUGGUGAGUACGGUGGAGACGGCUCGCUUGCUCUUGAAUUGAGUACAAUUGAUAUUGGCCCUUCGAGAAUGGGCAGAACGGCGUUAAGACCUAGCAAAGACUAUCGCGUAUAUUAG